AUGUCUGUCUGCACCCACGGCAAAGAAGAGGUGAAGGACUACAACGGAAAUUCAGUUAAGAUCGGUGCAAAAUACUUCAUCCAGCCGGCUAAGAGCAACGGCGGUGGUCUUGUUCCAGCCCCCAUUAACGUGUACUUUUUUUGUCCACUUGGCAUCACCCAAGCACUUCUUCCCUACAAACCGGGCCUGCCGGUUAGCUUCGCAUAUGAGCCAGUUAUUGUCGACACAGACUACAUUUACACAUCUACCUCCAUAAACAUCGAGUUUAGGUCCGAGGUAUGGCCUGUAUGCGACGAUUUUUCCAAGUUAUGGACAGUCGAUGUUUCCUCAUUCGCAGCCAAGGAGCCUGCCAUUAUGGUCGGUGGUGAGAAGAAGAGCCCAAAUAGCUUGUUUAAGAUAGAAGAAGCUACAGGAGCACACACUAAAAAGUUGACCACCUCAUCUGGAACCGUUGGAACCAUCCCAGGGGCUUGGUUGGGUGCACCACAGCUAAUUGCCACCAAUGAUGAGGCUAAGACCUUAUUCGUCAAGUUCGUGAAGGUUGAUGAUGAUGCUACUAAGGCUACUACUUCUACUUCACGUGUUGAUGAUGUGUUGUGA